AUGGACGAGCGCGCCAAGAUCCCCGUGUCGCUGCCGCACGCCAACCCGACCGUGAGCUACUGGCAAGACCCGCCGGACCCGAUCGCCGACCACCGGACCACGGCCGACCUCCCGGCCACAGCCGACACCGUCAUCAUCGGCAGCGGCAUCACCGGCGCGGCGGUCGCCUGGGGCCUGCUGCAGGAGCAGCAGCAACAGCAGCAGCAGCAGCAGAGCAGCAUUGUGAUGCUCGAGGCGCGCCAGGCCUGCUCCGGCGCGACGGGCCGGAACGGCGGCCACACCAAAGCCGCCUCCUACCGCACCUUCCUGCACCACGCAGGCAGCUCCCUGGCGACGGCAAAGAAGAUCGCGCGGCUGGAGCUGGCGAGCAUCCGGGCGGUGCACGCGUUCGCGCGCGACCACGGCAUCGCGUGCGACCUGCGCGCGUGCGAGACGGUGGACGUGAUCUACGACGCGGCGGAGUGGGCCGCGGCGCGGGAGGCGGUGGCCGCGAUGCGCGAGGCGUUUGCUCCCGAGGGCCGGUACCGGCUGUUCUCCGCCGACGAGGUGCGGAGCAGGUUCUGGGUGCAUGGCGAUGAUGAGGUGCAGGGCGGGGUGGGGUAUUUUGCCGGCAGUCUGUCGGCGUACAAGUUUGUGGUCGGCGUGCUGCGUUUGUGCCUGGAGAAGGGGCUGAAUCUGCAGACGGGGACCCCUGUUAAGCGGCUGGAGACAGCGAAGGAGGACAACGGGAUCGAUGGCGGUGCGCUGUGGGAGGUCUCCACGCCGCGAGGGGUGGUGAAGGCGAAGAGAGUGGUGUUGGCUACGAACGGGUACACGGCGGCGGUGUGGCCGCAGUUUCAGGGGGUGGUGGUGCCGCUGCGCGGGCAGGUCACGGCGCAGCGGCCCGGACGGGCGAUGCCGCGCGGCGGCUGCCUGCCGACGACGUACAGCUUCAUCUACGAGAAAGGGUACGAGUACAUGGUGCCGCGGCCCGAAGGGUCGAGGUUCGCGGGGGACAUCAUCAUCGGAGGGGGCCUGGUGCGGGCGCCGGACGACGGGCUGCUGGAGUUUGGGACGACGGAUGAUACGACGGUCAACGAGGUCAUCAGCGAGUAUCUGAGGGACUCGGCGGCGCGGUACUUCGGGCCGAGCUGGGGCGAGGACGACCCCGAAGGGCGGGUGCGGAGCGAGUGGACCGGUAUCAUGGGGUUCAGCCCGGACGGCUUCCCCUUCGUCGGCGAAGUGCCGGGCCAGCGCGGGCUGUGGACCAGCUGCAGCUUCCAAGGGCACGGCAUGGUGCUGUGCUGGAUGUGCGCAAAGGCGCUCGUGGAGAUGAUGGGGGGCCGAGACGGCGACGAGCUGAGGGAGUGGUUCCCGGACGUCUUCCGCAUCACCGAGGAGAGGCUGGCGCAGAAAUUCCGGGGACGGCUGGAUGGGAUUCCCAAGCCCGAGCCGAGCGGGGGGAACGCUGGAUCGGGGCCCGUCCUGGCAGCCGAUCCGAGAUAA